AGUGUACAGUAGUUACAUAUACUCCGGGAUAUUAGUUUAUUUAGAGUCGGACAAACUGUCAGACAUGACUGAAAGUGUGUAACUUUAGUAACUUGUGGAUCAGCGCUGACUCAAGUCGCGAACUGUUUAGAACGAAUCAGUCCGAUUUGGUGAACCGGUUCAUCCAGUUCACUAAAAAGAACCGGUUCAAAAGAACGAUUCGUUCUAAAUUCGCCAUCACUAGAAGCUACACAAAGCAGUUUGAUGUGAAAGUGAAAGAAUCACUGAAUGAUAAUUUACACGUUUCUUCAGCUUCAGAUUGACAAGGAGCGAGAUUAAAGACACUAAAGGAUUGUUUACUAAAGGCUAAGAUUUCUUUAUGUUCAGCUCAGUGCAGGAGAUCAGACCUGGUCGUACACAACUGUCUUCAGGAGCAAUAACAUUUCUGUACUGCUGGUGAAGGAUGGAUGACUUCAGUCCUGUCCAACCUGCUGGGUCUCCACCAUUAAAGACAAGAUGUAACGAUUUAACUACUGAACCUCAUCUUCAGAAGAGAUGCAGAACAAAUCUGAUAAAGAGGUUUCAGCACACGAGCGAGGUGACGACAGACCGGGGGAACCCGACACGUCUCGGUGAGAUCUACACAGAGCUCUACAUCACAGAAGGAGACAGUGGAGAAGUCGGUAACGGACACGAGGCGAGGCAGAUCGAGGCAACAUCCAGGAGAGCAGCUACAGAGGAAACACCGAUCAGAUGUAGUGACAUGUUUAAGCCUUUACCUGAAGAAGACAAACCCAUCAGGAACGUUCUGACCAAGGGGGUCUCUGGCAUCGGAAAAUCAGUCUCUGUGCAGAAGUUUGUUCUAGACUGGGCUGAAGGGAAAACAAGUCAGGAUGUUCAUCUCAUAUUCCCACUUCCUUUCAGAGAGCUCAAUCUGAUGAAGGAUCAAACUCUGAGUCUGAUGGAGCUUCUUCAUUUCUAUCUUAAGGAGAUAAAAGAAACAAACAUUUCCAGCCUGCACAAAGUUCUGUUUAUUUUUGAUGGUUUGGAUGAGUGUCAUUUCCCUCUGGACUUCCAGAACACAGCGAGAGUGUGUGAUGUAACUGAACCAGCAUCAGUGGAUGUGCUGCUGAUUAAUCUGAUCAAAGGGAAUCUAUUUCCCUCUGCUCUCAUCUGGAUCACCUCCAGACCUGCAGCAGCUGAUCAAAUCCCCUCUGAGUGUGUUGAUCGAGUCACAGAGGUACGAGGGUUCAAUGACCCACAGAAGGAGGAAUAUUUCAGGAAGAGGAUCAGAGAUCAGAGCCUGAGCAACAGAAUCAUCACACACUUAAAAUCAUUAAGAAGCCUCUACAUCAUGUGCCACAUCCCAGUCUUCUGCUGGAUUUCAGCUACUGUUCUAGAGAGUCUGUUGGGUAAAGCAGAGAAUGGAGAGAUCCCCGAGACUCUGACUCAAAUGUACACACAUUUCCUCAUCAUUCAGACAAACACCAUCAAGAAAAAGUACACAGAGAGCAGAGAGACAGAUAAAGAAAUGGUCCUGAAACUGGGUAAACUGGCUUAUCAGCAGCUGAUGAAAGGCAACCUGAUCUUCUAUGAGGAAGACCUGAUGGAGUGUGGCAUCGAUGUGACAGAAGCAUCAGUGUAUUCAGGUGUGUGUACACAGAUCUUCAGAGAGGAGUUUGGGCUUCACCAGAGUAAAGUGUACUGCUUUGUUCAUCUGAGCAUUCAGGAGCUCCUCGCAGCUCUGUAUGUGCACCUGACCUUCAUGAAGGAGAAGAGAAAUGUUUUUAAAAAGACAACAACGGACAUAUCGAGACUGAGAGAUGUACACAAGAAUGCAGUAGAUCAGGCUUUACAGAGUGAAAAUGGAGGACAUCUGGAUCUUUUCCUUCGCUUUCUUCUGGGUCUCUCACUGGAGUCCAAUCAGAUCCUCUUACAAACCCAAAAUAUAGUGACAAAGACAAGAAGUAUCUCCCACAGGAAGCAGGAAACAGUCCAUUACAUCAGGGAGAAGAUCAGAGAGAAUCCCUCCACAGAGAAAUCCAUCAAUCUGUUCCACUGUCUAAAUGAACUGGAAGAUCCUUCUCUAGUUGAGGAAGUCCAGCACUACCUACAGUCUGGAAAUUUACAACAUAUUGAACUUUCUUCUUCUCAGUGGUCAGCUGUGGUGUUUGUGUUACUGACAUCAGUGCAGGAACAGGAUGUGUUUGUCCUGGAGAAAUAUAUUAACAAAUACUGUACACCUGAGGAGGUUCUUCUGAAGCUCCUGCCUGUGGUUUCAGCCUCCAGAAAAGCCGAUCUCAAUAAUUGUGACGUGAAAGAGAAAGGCUCUACAGCUUUAGCUUCUGUGCUCCAGUCUGAAUCCUCUGAUCUGAGGGAACUGGAUCUGUCUGGGAAUAGAUUCAAAGACUUGGGAUUAAAGUGUCUCUCUGCUGGACUGGAGAAUCCUCACUGUAAACUGGAGACACUGAGGUUGUGUAGUUGUCGUUGCAAAGAUGACGGCUGUGCUGCUCUGAGUUCAGCUCUGAGAUCAAACCCCUCACACCUGAGAGAACUGGAUCUGUCUAGAAAUUAUUUUAAAGACUCAGGAGUGAAGAGUCUCUCUGCUGUACUGGAGAAUCCUCACUGUAACCUGGAGACACUGAGGUUGUGUAGUUGUGGUGUCUCAGAUGAAGGCUGUGCUGCUCUGAGUUCAGCUCUGAGAUCAAACCCCUCACACCUGAGAGAACUGGAUCUGUCUAGAAAUUACCUCAGAGACUCAGGAGUGAAGAGUCUCUCUGCUGUACUGGAGAAUCCUCAAUGUAACCUGGAGACACUGAGGUUGUGUGGUUGUGAAAUCUCAGAUGAAGGCUGUGCUGCUCUGAGUUCAGCUCUGACAUCAACAUCCUCACACCUGAGACAACUGGAUCUGUCUGAGAAUAACCUCAGAGACUCAGGAGUGAAGAGUCUCUCUGCCGUACUGGAGAAUCCUCACUGUAACCUGGAGACACUGAGGUUGUGUAGUUGUGGUGUCUCAGAUGAAGGUUGUGCUGCUCUGACUUCGGCUCUGAGAUCAAACCCCUCACACCUGAGAGAACUGGAUCUGUCUAGAAAUUACCUCAGAGACUCAGGAGUGAAGAGUCUCUCUGCUGUACUGGAGAAUCCUCACUGUAACCUGGAGACACUGAGGUUGUGUAACUGUGAAAUCUCAGAUGAAGGCUGUGCUGCUCUGAGUUCAGCUCUGAGAUCAAACCCCUCACACCUGAGAGAACUGGAUCUGUCCUGGAAUGAACUCAGAGACUCGGGAGUGAAGAGUCUCUCUGCUGUACUGGAGAAUCCUCACUGUAACCUGGAGACACUGAGGUUGUGUGGUUGUGAAAUCUCACCUGAUAGCUGUGCUGCUCUGAGUUCGGCUCUGAGAUCCAACCCCUCACACCUGAGAGAACUGGAUCUGUCUUGGAAUUAUCUCAGAGACUCAGGAGUGAAGAGUCUCUCUGCUGUACUGGAGAAUCCUCACUGUAAACUGGAGACACUGAGGUUGUGUGAUUGUGAAAUCUCAGAUGAAGGUUGUGCUGCUCUGAGAUCAGCACUGAGAUCAAACCCCUCACACCUGAGACAACUGGAUCUGUAUUGGAACGAUCUAGGAGACUCAGGAAAGGAGCUACUAUACAGAAUUAAAGAUGAAUAUCAUCAUAAACUCCAGGAUUGGAGCUGAGAUGUGGAUAAACAAACAGUUUGAUAUAUAUAUAGGAUAUAUAAAUAAUUCGACCUGUUAGCAUUGUUUCAUUUGGUUCCCAUAAAGAGCUACUGAGUGAAAAACAGGAUUGGCAACAACAACAACAAUAGUAAUAAUAAUAAUAAUAGUUCUGGGGGCACGGUGGCUUAAUGGUUAGCACGUUCGCCUCACACCUCCAGGGUCGGGGGUUCGAUUCCCACCUCCGCCUUGUAUG